GCGACCGGCUCGGAGCCUGCGGUUCCCGCAAGGUCGGUGCCCUGACGGGCGCGCUGAGGCUAAGGCAGUGGGAACGGACUGCGGGAGGCCACGCGGUCUGGCCAGCACCCCGGCCGUGUGAGUCCCGGGCCGCCCUCGGCCGGAACGUAGUGUGCGGGUUUGCGGCGCGGUGCGGCGGGCCGGAGAGCGACGUUAAGCAGAGGCCGCCGAGGCGCUGGGGCAGUUCAGAUUGGAAAGCAAGAAGCGUUAGGACUAGAGGGAGCCCCUGGCCCCCCUGGCCUUGGUCCCCCUGGCCUUUAUUUUGCACAAGGUUUUAAUGUGUUCUGUUCAACUACUCAGCGAUUUCGAGCAAAAAAGAUUCUAUGACCUGCAUCGUGAUUUUGGCUUGAUGUGAAAAGAUUAAGGACGUAUUCCAGGCAGGCCUGGAACUUCCUAUGUUUUCGUGGAUGACCUUGAACUGCUGAUCCUCCUGCACCGCCACAGCAUAGCUGAAGUUGUAGGUGGUGACUGCAUCUCUGCCUUUCUUGAUAUCUCUCAGUAAGACAUCUCAUCUUGUUUCCUCUGCAUCCAGAAAUUAUGAGUCGAUCUCAAGUUCACAUUUUUUGGGGUGCUCCAAUUGCUCCACUGAAAAUGGCAAUAUCACAGGGAACAACUUCCACUACCAAUGCCUGGGAACAAAUCCAGCUUUUGUAUAAACAACAGUCUUUACAUCUGAAGGCUGAAAACCAGGAGCUUGAAAAUCUGAAAGACUACCAAGUCCCAGAAACGGCUGCCCUUCCAAAUGUUCUUAGUAGUCACCUUUUAACAACUUGUGUGAGUAGGUGUGUGCAGGUGGAAGAUGGCUUCAUCUGUUCUGCUUCUGAGACUCAGAGUAUGAAGUCCCAGAAGGCUCACCCCUCGGGCCGGAGUGAUAGACCUGAUGAGCAGAUAUGUGAGUUUAAGGACAGAGUUCAGCAUUUACCUGAAGAAGAAAAGUAUCAAAAGCUUCAGUGUGAUGCUAAGAAGAUUAUAGAUGAGCAGUCCAGAAGCCAGUCAGAUCCCUGUGCUGAGGACUUUCAAGCAGAUGUGUUUGCAUUAGAUCAUAAGUGCACAGCUGGAUUGGAUUUGGACUGUACUGAACAGAUUGACACAGGGCCAGGCGCCGUGAGAACAAAGCCUGUGCCAACUGAACAUGAAGGGCAGAGUCAGGAGGUCUUUUCCUCUGACACGAAGUGUGAGUCAGAGUCUGAGGGGGCAGCUGGGACAGCCUCAGACCAGAAAAUAUCUACCGACACAGAGUUUCUCAGUAUAAUGUCUUCCAGCCAGCGUGCUCUUCUAGCUCACGGGAAUAAUACAGGGCAAGACUGUAUAAAUAAAGGGACUGUAAACAUGGAGAUGGAGCCUACAGGAUGUCCAGAAGGAAGGCGAGCUGAAGAUAAUCUUGUUAAGCCCAGAGAAGAUUCUGAAGAAGGAUCUGAAAGUGAGCAAAGCCAGGCAUAUUCCCUGGAACUUUUUAGUCCUGUUUGUCCCAAAUCAGAAAGCAGUCACGUUCACAGAAACCCUGGAAAAAGUCUUGAAGGUAAUAGAAGCUCGCAAAAUCUUUGUAGUAUUGAAGAAAACCUUCCAGCAAAGGAGGUGUGCAUUGAGUUGUGUAGCUCAGGGAUGCUGCGCUCUCAACUAAGUGCCUUCUGCCAACGUGCCGCAACAAGAAGCCAGUCCUCUAAAGAUAUUUCCCACCAUUCCAAAGCUCUUUCAGAAGUCCAUCAAGUGUCCAAGAAGCCAAGGAUGGAUUCUAAUACAAGAGAGUCAGCCAAAACAGUGCCCCGGAGGAUCAUGUCUGAAUUUAAGGUCAUUAAAAAGAUAUCACUAAUAAAAAAUUGUGACUCUAAAAGUCAGAAGUAUAAUUGCUUAGUCAUGGUGCUAACCCCAUGUCAUGUGAAGGAAAUAAGUGUAAAAUCUGGACCACAUUCUGGCUCUAAAGUACCAUUAGCAACAGUUGUAGUAAUUGAUCAAUCAGAAAUGAAGAGGAGAGUUGUUCUGUGGAGGACUGCAGCAUUUUGGGCACUUACAGUGUUUCCUGGGGACAUAAUUUUACUUACAGAUGUCACUGUUUAUGAGGAUCAAUGGGUUGGUGAGACAGUACUCCAAUCAACAUUUACCAGUCAGUUAGUAAAUCUUGGAAGUUAUUCACAUGUCCGACCUGAAAAAUAUUCCAAUGUAGUUACCAAUGUUACACUUCAGGACUUACUGGCAUAUGUGUCUUCAAAACAUUCCUAUCUCAAAGAUUUGCCUCAGAGGCAGCAUCAGAAAAUGAGCACCGUGGAGUUUGUGGAAUUGGAGCAGCUGCAGCCUGAUACAUUAGUCCAUGCAGUACUCAGAGUAGUGGAUGUCACUGUAUUGACAGAGGCAUUAUAUAGUUAUAGAGGACAGAAGCAAAGGAAAGUUGUGUUAACUGUGGAGCAGGUUCAAGGUCACCAUUAUGUGCUUGUAUUGUGGGGUCCUGGAGCAGCCUGGUAUACUCAGCUUCAAAGGAAAAAGGAUUGUAUCUGGGAAUUUAAGUACCUUUUUGUUCAACGCAAUUGCAUACUAGAAAACUUAGAGUUGCACACAACACUGUGGUCAUCCUGUGAGUGCCUGUUCGAUGAUGAUACAAGAGCAAUUUCAUUUAAAGCAAAAUUUCAAAAAAGCAUACCCUCCUUUGUCAAGACAUCAGACUUAGCAACCCACCUAAAGGAUAAAUAUUCAGGAGUGGUUCUGAUUAAAGCCAAGGUUUCAGAGCUGGUGUUUGCUGUCACAGCAGCUCAGAAGAUAGCUCUAAAUGCUCGCAGUUCCCUGAAGCAUAUCUUCUCUUCUCUUCCCAACAUUACAUAUGCUGGCUGUGCACAGUGUGGCUCGGAACUAGAGACAGAUGAGAACAGGAUCUACAGACAGUGUCUGAGCUGCUUGCCAUUUGCUAGGAAGAAAACAUUCUAUAGGCCGGCUUUAAUGACCAUAGUUGAUGGAAGACAUUGUACUUGUGUCCGUGUAGGGUCAAAGAUGAUGGAGCAGAUUCUUCUCAACAUCUCUCCAGAUUGCCUCAACAGAGUGAUAGUACCUUCCUCAGAAGUCACCUACGGCUUGGUCGCCGCCGACUUGCUCCACUCCUUGUUGGCAGUCGGUGCAGAGCCUUGUGAGUUGAAGAUCCAGAGCCUUUUCGAGUUGGAUGAAAACAGCUACCCUUUGCAGCAGGAUUUCUUCCUACUAGACUUCUGUCCUGAUUCACGUAAGACGUGGAGCUUGGGACUUUCUCUGAGGUCAGAGGAGGACACAGACGGCAUUCCAAGGAAGGAGUGAUGAAAUCAUCUGUCUUCGGAAUAUUUAUUUUUUAUAUGUUUAUGAAUUUUGCCUGCGUAUAAUUAUGUACCAUGUAUGUGCCUGGUGCCCACAGAAGCCAGGAGAGGGUGCCAGAUCCCCUGGGACCAGAGUAGAGUAGUAUAUGGUUGUGAGCUGCCGUAUGGAUUCUGAGAAAGCACUCAUAACUGCUGAGCCAUCUAACCCUAUGGUCUGUGUUUCGAAAUAAAUGAAAUGACAGGGCUUUUGCUUAGAGUUUUUAAAAUAAAUAUUUUAUAUUGCACAAUAUAAUUAUACUAAAUAUAUGUUAAUUUUUAAGAGAGAAUUCUGUGAAGCUUUUAUUAUUUGCUUUUUUGUUGGUAUUCUUUUUAUUCUGGAGAAAUGAUCUAGCAAAAAAGGCUAGAAUUACGGGUCCCUCAUUGUCAUUUAAUUUAGACCAUGAUGCAUGAAGGCAAUACAUAUUGAAGACAUGUCCACAUGUAAGACAUUUCCUCACUUUCUGUUAUAAAAUUUGCAUAUUCUUUCUUAUUUCUAUCUUAAGAAGUUGCCAAUGUGAACUAAUUUCUUGAUUUUAACUGUAGUUCUGGGCUGGGGCCAUGAUGCUCUUGG